GAUUAACAUGGUAUCAGAGCUCAUUGUUGCUCAUGCUUGAAAUUCUUGAUCCUCUGUUGCUUCCGCUUUCUCUGUUACUUCUACUUCAAUUCUGUUCUUGCUCUGCAGUUCUGCUUACAUUUGAAGUUUCUAGUGCUUCGUGUUAAUCUUCAUUUCUUGAUUGGUAAUUUUUCUGAAUUGUGCACAAUAAGUGUUUGGUAUAUUGUCUCAAUCACAGAUUAAUCCAAGAAUCACGAUGGUGACUGCUUCACAACUUCAACUACUUCAAUCUCCAAUUAUAGCCCUUAUUCCCUCUAUUUCUACAUCAAUUAAUGUCAAACUUGAUGAUUCGAACUACCUCAAUCGAAACUUUCAGCUACAACUAUUGCUUGAAAGCAAUGGAAUUAUGGGGUAUGUUGAUGGUUUGCUCCCUUGUCCACCUCAACAUGACUCAUACUCUGAUGAAUCUGGUAUUACUUCUUCUUCCCCUACUAAUGAGUAUAUAGUAUGGAAGAUGCAUGACCGAGCUAUUAUGCAAUUGAUCACUGCCACAUUAUCACCUAUUGUUAUGUCCUGUGCAAUUGGUAGUAUAAGUUCUAAGGAUUUGUGGACUAAGUUGAAGGAACAAUUCUCUACUGUAUCUAGGACUAGCAUUUUUCAGAUGAAAUCCAAUCUGCAAACAAUUAAAAAGGGGUCAGAUUCAAUUUCACAGUACCUUCAUCAAAUUAAAGAGGCUAGGGACUACCUUUCUGCUGCUGGUUUCUUCUUUGCAGAUGAAGAUAUUGUUAUUCUUGCUUUGAAUGGUCUACCUGCUGAAUGUAACACCUUCAGAUGUGUUAUUAGAGGGCGUGAAAGUGUGAUCUCAUUAAAAGACUUUAGAUCGCAGUUACUUGCAGAAGAAGUGAUUGUUGACACUUCAGUUCAUAAUCCUCUUAUAACAGCUAUGGCUGCCAAUACAGGUUCCACACGAGGGGCUCCUUUUCAAUCACAAAGUUUCUCUGUAAAUCAUGGUCAAUCUCAAGUGAAUAAUAGAGGCUUUCAAUCCUAUAAUGGGAAUAAGAACAGGGGUAGAGGCCGCUUCACUCAGGGAUCUAGAUUUUAUGCUUCUAGACCAGCAUUUUCUCCCCUGCCACACGUGUUUCCCAACUCUAAUUCAGGAAUUCUUGGUUCAUCUCCUAGUCAGCAAUUUUGAACUGCUCCUGCAUCAAUGCUUCCAAUUUGUCAAUUAUGCAACUUUGAGGGCCACACUGCCCCAUUUUGUGGAAAUUCGUCUCCUCAACAUACAAAAUGUCACAUUUGUGGAAGAAGUAAUCAUUCCACCUGGUAUUGCUUCUAUAAUGAUAAGGGUCCUAAUUACAUUGGGGUGCACACCAAUGCUUCUUAUUCUCCACAGCCUUAUUAUCAUUUGCCACCACAGAACUUGCAGUAUAAUUCGUCUCCAGCUCCUUCUCAACAUGUAUCAGUCACAUCAGCACAACACAGAGCAACCCAACAACCCCAUAUGCAAGCCAUGCACACGGGGCUUAACUCUGCCUCUCCAUCCUCAUGUUUUUCAGGUUCUUCACAAGUGUGGCUGAUCGAUGACAACUGAUUUGGGCAAUCUGUCGCUGGCCUCACCAUAUCCAACAAAUGACAUGAUUCAUACUGCCAAUGGUGAAGGACAAAGUCACAGGGAAGAUCAUUUACAGGGGGUUGUGCAGUAAUGGAUUGUAUCCUAUCCACUCCUUCUCACUUUCAAAUUCCCAGCAGCCAUAUCCAGCUUAGGUUUUCUUGGUCAACUUGUUCAGUCCAAU